AAUGUUUGUCUGCUGAAGUGCUGCAAUGUAGCGUUAGACAAGUAAUGUUAUGUGGGUCGACAUUUCGCCUUGUUCACCAUUUCGUGGUUUUCUUCAACGUUUAAUGUGAAACAUAAAUUCAGUCAUAAGAUAUGUACUGUGAUAUUAACUCAAGAUUGUGUUUUAUAAGGAUCUGCGACAAAUAACACGUAUCUUCAAAUAUUUGUAUCGCGAACUUUUGACCGUCAAUGAUGGCGUUAGUAAGAAAAUGGUGGACAACUGAUUAUGCAAAAGAUGUUGUUAGCUCGCUACGUGAAAAAGAGCGUCAGAGGAUUCCAUUCAACUUUCGUUCUCCUCAGAUACAGUACAGAAGUCAUUUAGUUAAAUGGAUCUGCAACAUAGCUGAAGGAUUGAAACUUAGUAGUACAACAGUUCAUUUGGCUAUAUAUAUUCUUGACAUUUUUAUGGAUAACCAUAGUAUUGCCCUGGAAAGUCUGAACUUACUAACAUUAGUAUCUGUCUUGUUAGCAGCAAAAUUUGAGGAGCGGGAUAUAAAUGUACCAAAAGUCUCUGAUAUGAAUGCAUUGAUUGAGAGUCCAUAUCCAGUGGCUGAAUUUCUUGCAAUGGAAUUCAUGACUCUUCAGUUUCUUAAAUGGAGUCUUGUGCACCCAACGGCUGCACAUUUCGCUGAAUUUUAUGUGGUACAUAUCAUUUCACCAGUAGAUUUUAGUUCUGACAAUCAUUUCGAAACUUACAAAGAUCUGCAACAUGCUGCCCAUCACUAUAUGAAAGAAUUUUUGGAUUAUUCUCUUCAAGAUCCAGGGUUUCAUCUUUUUAAUCCAUCUCUUGUUGCUGGGUCAUGCAUUGCUCUAGCACGAAUAAGACUUCGUCUCUCUGAGAAAUGGACACCUGGACUUCUAGAAGUAACGCAGUAUCGCCUCAGUGAUCUGAAACCAUGUAUGGAACUUAUAAUGCGUGUAUACCACUUGAAUCAACCUACCAACAAGGCAGCUGAAGAAAGGAAGAGGAAAUUUACUGAAUCACCAGACCAUGGUUAUGGCACCUGUACUAGUGUAACUAGUAGUCCAGAAACCUCUGGCAGAUCAUGAGAAAGCGAUAUUUAGAACUUUCUAAAGUUCCCAUGAAUACAUGUGCCUUCAAUGUCUAUUGUUUCUGUUAGAUGAAUGAUGUACAAAAGAACUGCAACCAUUAAGGGAAAAAAAAUCCUGAUUUAAUUAAUUGAAGAGCUUUGAGAAAUUAUAAGUCUUAUUGAUUUCAUCUUGUUUUAACCAGUCUGGUUAAGAAUAGAGUCAUUAAAUUUUUGUUAUUGUUGUUGUUUUGUGUGUUUCCUCAGUGAAGCAACGUAAAUGUCUACUGCAGCAGUGCUGCAUUUUCAGUAUUAGGAGUAAAAAAUGAUUGAGGUAAAUGAAGUGUGAUAGAAGAGCAUGCCUGUUACAUGUUGGGCUUCUAUAAUAGCAGUGUGGACAUGCAACGCACAUUUUUUUCCUAAUUUAUUUGAUGUGAGAGGUGUAAUGCCUUUGAUCUCUGGUAUUAUAAAUUCUAAGGAGACACAAUGUUGCUGUUGAUGUCGGAGAGUACUUUUUUUUAUUGUGUAGACAAUAUUUUCAAUACUGGGCAUUUCUUAGUAUAUGAAUUACUCAAGGAAUUAAUGUUCUUUUCCACUGUACCUGCAAUUUCAUGUACUUGUGUAAGUUAAAAUUUAUGUAAACUUCGGCAAGAGACUGGUAUUUCAAAAUUCACUGUCUCUUUCUUCCCACCACCAAGAAUUGUUUGUGCCAGUAACUUAUUUUUCUCCUCCUCCUCCUGUCUGUUCCUUCUGUGAAGGACUGAUUUUCUAUUAGAUUAAUAACUGUCUGAUCUCAUGGACAUUAAAUUCUCAUUUACAUUCAGUUCUUGAUUCUAAAUCAAGAGAUGAUUGUUUAUGUCCAGUGUACUCAUAUAUAAAUAAAUUUUUAUUUUUAGGAUUGAAAAUACAAACAGUCCCUGUGGGUUGUUCUAAAUGCUCAGUUACUAUUUUUUUAAGUAUUUGAAGUAGCCAUUUAAAAAACAAGUUGUGUGUUUCUGCCUUACAUGGUUGUGUGUUAUUACUGUGAUAUUUUUAUGCUGUGAUGCGACAUAU